AGCAAAGACUGAGCUUUCAGAAGACCAUGAAGGAUAAGACAGGCAAACAGAGCCGUUAGUUAAUGCCGUUGAGGUUAUGCUGAGCAGAUACCAGCAAGAGCGAUGGUAUACGGAAGUAGCAUUUUAACCGCAUUGUUCUAAAAGAUCUUGCAGUGCAUGAAGUCGCAGCAAAGAUCUAUCAGAUGAAAUGGCGGUGAGGCAGAGGCUUUUCAAUUCAACCGCUCCAUUCUCUGGUUCCCCCAAAACCGAGCUGAAGGGGUCCUAUCCGCCCAGCUCCUGCAAAGAGCAGGAGGCGGAAGAGGAGGAAGAUGAUGGGAAGGACAGCAAACUGAGCUACAUGCAAGAAACAGGAUGGAUUCCAAGUCCACAGAUGAAAAAAGUCCUGACGCAUGGAACUGCCGAGCAAGUGGGAGAAAUGCCAAUCAAGACCUCUACCAUCAUUGCUCAAGCUGAAUGUGAAACUCAGGAUUCCCAGGAAUUCAGUCCCUCUUGUUCUGAAAGAUAUGUCCCCUUCCCAAAUUGUUUGACCAGCCUUUCCUCAGAGCACAACCAUGUAGCAUGCCCAACUUCAGCCUUGUUCCAAAAGCCACAUGUCACACAGGCAAAGAGUCAAAGAAGGCAAAAGAGCAAAGGAAAGAGAAAAAAGAAGGGGAAGGAGAAGCAGCGACGGAGACAUCGAACGCUCUCCGGAGUCCCUGAACAAGAGAGUGGCCUGAUCCAGGAGGAAUUCUCUGGAGGACUAAGUAGCUUUAGCACAUCUCGCUGUAGCAGCGUUGAAAGCCUUGUGGAGCAAGAGUGUGGCAAUCCUUUCUACAACAGACAGAUCUACCUGACUGGCUCAAGCUGCGCUCCUCUGAACUGGCCUCACCCAAACUUUAGCCUCUCCAGCUUCCCGGCAGAUGAGCAGGACAACAGCUCAGACUCCUUCAGCAGUGUGGGAGACUGCUCUCUCGCCCUUGCGGGUCUCAGAUACGUAGUCAGCCAGGCAGAUCCUUGCUACACGCGGCCAUUUUUCAAAGAUGUGGAGAGCGAAGCUAGGGAGAAUGAAGAUGAGCUUUCAAAGGCUGAUUCAGAGUGCAAUGAAGGACUCAUCUUCAACAGUGAUAAAAUCCAACCUGUGGACUUUGAAUAUAAGGAGGGGAGGGAGUACAUCCUCUCACAUUUUAUCAAAGAAGGUUCCUAUGGUGAGGUUCACAGUGCUCAGGAUGUCAACACAGGACACAGAUUUGCAGCCAAAAAGAUUGCCCUGAAGAAAUUCAGCAGUGAGGAGGUGGGUGCGUGGAGUACCCUCCGAUCUCCUCGUAUCACUGAGCUCUUUGGAGUAGUCAGAGAGGGACCAAAUGUUGUCCUUUUAAUGGAGGAAAAAUCAGGCUCCCUGGGUCAGCUGAUAAUGAAGCGUGGCCGACUGCCAGAGGAUUUAAGUCUUCACUACCAGUCUCAGGUUUUAGCAGCCCUGGAAUACCUAAUAAAGAAGAAAGUGGCACAUUUGGAUAUUAAAGCUGACAAUGUGUUGCUGUCAGAAGAUGGGAGAGACACUUUCCUGUGUGACUUUGGACAUGCAGAGAAACUCGACAACCAGGGUCAGAGCCUCAGUACGUCCAGAGAUCUGAAGGGAACAGAGACCCACAUGGCCCCUGAGAUUGUAAAAGGAGAACACCGUGGAGCCAAAGCAGAUGUGUGGAGCAGCUGCUGCAUGUUGCUUCACAUGCUGAACGGGUGUCAGCCAUGGACAAGAUAUUACACCUGCAGACUCUACCUGAAGAUUGCAAAUGAGCCUCCGCCGGUCGGAGAGAUCCCACCUGACUGCAGCCCUCUCACGGCUGAAGUUUUAAAGGCUGGACUCCAGAAGGAUCCAGUCAAGAGAUCAUCAGCAUCUCAACUCAAAGAAAAAACCGAUAGAGCUCUGAAAGAAGUUGGAGGAUUAACCAGUUCAGUCCAGGGACCCUACACAGAGCCUCUAUAUGUUCCAAACAAACCACCUGAUGACCUUCACCCCAUUUAUAGCAGUGGUGAGUUUGAGGAUGAGGAGGAACACAAGAAGUCUGCAGAUAAAAUAAUAACAGACCUAAGAACAAAAAACAAAGCUCCUGAGAAAGACUUGGAGACCAGCCUCAAUGAGCCAAAACGGGAGUCGUGGAACGCUCCACAGAUGCUCGUCCCUGAGCUAAACUUCAAGAGAAACAACAAGAUCACCACUGUGCCUGAACUUGAGCUUCGCAAACUGGAGCGAGACUUCUACCUGAGCAGUCUGUCGCAGCUUCCUUCUGCUGAGAUGCAGGAGCAGCUCCUGUCUUGUAUUAACAGUGACCAUUAUUGCAACUGGGAACUAUGGGACAAAAAGGACUCUGGUCGCUGGUCGCUGAACCCCGGAGAUGAAUACAGCUCCGGUUUCGUCUCCUACAACAGCCAACCAGAUGUACAGGUCUUCAGUUUAGAUUUGCUUGGUCAAACACCACCUUGUUGUUUUGAAGGGGUGGAUGUCUGCAUCAGAGACUUCAGCCGGAAAAAAAUUCAGAUCAGAGAGAAACGUCGGGUGAAGGUUGGCCACAUUGCUACUGGCAUCAGUGAUCAGAUUUCAGAGCGGGUGUUCACCCUGGAGACCCAGAACGGCCAGCAGAUCAGUCACGAGGAGGAGGUGCUGGAGUCUGGUCUUGAACUCCGCUGUGUUUCUGCUCCAGACUUCAGCUCCGCUUGGAGGUGGAGGAUCAAGGACGGAGUGUUGGAGACGAGCAAGAAUCCGCAUCUCUGUUCUACCACUGAAAUGCAGCUGAUUCACUCUGUCUUGACCUGAUUUAAUUUUCACCAUCCAAUGCUGUUUUAAUCAAUGCUUUAAAAAUAGUGAAUGUUUUAACAAAAAUGUCUCAUGUUUCAAUUGCUUUUAUUGGUGCGUUGUUUUGUAGCAUUGUGUCUUAUGAUGUUUACAUUAUGCUUUUUGUUACAUGUACUUGGAGGCAACAAACAUGCCUAAUUAUGUACAAUGUGUCAACAUUUGUUGUCAUUUUUAAAGCCAGCUUCUGGCUCCAUCCCUUUGGGUAUUAAGUCAGUUCAAUUUUAUUGUUUACAAUGAAAAAUGUGUUCAACAUCAUGUGAAAGUUUAGGCACGCUUAGUGUAAAAAGAUAAACAUGCUUUUAAAAUACAUAUUUUUGGGUUUUCCUGAAAAAUUGGUAUUGUCAGAGCUGUUUUAUCUUCUUAAUUGUCAAUUAUGAUCUUCACAUUUCUGGCUACAUGUCAGAAAAUGGUGAAAAAGUUAAAUGUUUUAGUCGUUCAGUCCAGAAAGUGAGACUCAUUAAUUUCACACCCUGAAAUAUUUCAAGCCUUCAUUUCUUAUUUUGGUAAUUAUGGUUUACUGAUAAUAAAAAUCCCAAAUUCUAUGUUGUAAUAUUUGAGUAUUGCAUAAGAUCAAUAAAGGGAUAUCCUAAAAAUAAAUGUUUUCCAUUUUUAUACACUUAAA